UUAGUUAACAAAACUGAACAUUUGCAAAUUAUAGUUUAAAAUGGCUAUUUACCAUUUUCAGUCCUUAGUAUGCUUUUUGAAUGGAAAAUAACUGUUAAAAUAUUUUUCAAUCUAGUAACAAAAGUGUACUUUUACUGUAAAAGAUCAGUACAAUAUUUGUCACAAUACAGAUUUUUUUUAAAGCUGAAUUUUAAAAUCUUGCAGUCAUGUUUUUGAUGAGGUGAUCUGAACACCUUCCUUGAAUUCCUUUUCAGAGUGAACCCAUUUUUGGCUUCUUUAAGGUUUAUUAAAACAGUUUGAUCAAUGAGCACCACUAGAAUUAUUAUUUCUGCUCCACAAUAAUCUGGGCUAUAAAUACAGACCAUUUACCAUUUACCAUUUUGGGCUCUUUUUAUUCAAAUCUUUGCUUUUGUUGUUGUGAAUUAAUGCAAAAUUUCACACAUCUGAUUCUUAAAGGGUAUUUAAUUAAAACCACAGUAAAAACAAAUGGAUUCUGCUCGUCACAGCAAGAAAAAAGGCUUAAAUUAGUUUGUUUUAUUGCGACCAUGCAUUCAGUUAUGUGCUGGGACUGUAGUGUAAUCCCAUAAAACCUGCUGCAUCUGUAAUAAAUUUAAUCAAAACUUCUUCUUCUGUUAAUCCUACAAUCUACUAAAUCUACUCCUAAACUGACAAAAGGUUUAAUAUGCAAGAUUUUGUUUUCUACAUCAUGUCCAUUUUUGUCUCUUUUUUUCUAAAUUCGGCCUCCUGGGGGUGAUGACAAACUGUGAAACUAAUCGCACAUUUCUUUAUUGUUUGACCUCCUUCUGAAAUAUUUCCACAGUUCAGGCGUGUUUCUCAGCCUUCAGGUGUGUGUGAGGCUCUUUAUGAAUGGGUGUUUGGUCGCUGAGGGGGAGGAAGAGGGAGGAGAGGGGGAGGAGGAGGACUGGGUCACGACGCGCCGCUGCGGCUGCGCGCUCCGCCCUCCGCCGCGCCUUAUAACGGCGACGGGCCGACCGGAGACUCUGUCCAACUGUACGGGAGCCGGUAAAAACGCCGUGAAUCUGGGGACGAGUCAUGUACUGGGACACCUUCAUCAAACCUGCUGACACAAACACAGACAGCGCGGAGUCCAAGAUAAAGAUGGAGGUUUGUCAGACUGGAUACUACACUGAAGACUUCAGGACGCAGGAGGUUCCAGCCGGAUUCGACUUUGCAUCUUAUGACUAUCCUGGUGAAGACCUGUCUUUUCUGUUAGACAGUAAAGCGCCCGGACAGCAGCAGUUUGUGGCAGAAAGCAGCUACCCGGAGCCACCUAAAGCUUCACACUCGUACGACACCAAAGUGAACUCGGGCGAUGCUGCUCUGGUCAACCUGGACUCGUACCAGGACUUCAACUGGUGGGCGUCGUAUCCACACGACGGUCUGACAGUGGACCAGACCGGAUACCAGGAUUCUCCACAGACCUACCAGAACCUGGUGCCUCAGAACGGCCAGUUCAGCCCGGCCGUGGAGGGCAGCAGCAGCAACUUCCUGCCCGGGAAAGCUUCCAACACUUUACAAAGUGAGACGGAUCAGAACUACUACGACUCAGAUGGACCCAGACAGUCCUUCUGGUCUGAGUACUCGUCUCCCAGCUUCACUGCCCCACAACCACACCCGGCCAUGGCCUCCUGUCCAUCCAACCCUCAGUCCUCAGAGCAGUACUGCCCCCGUGUGGUCAAACGAAAAAGCACGGCCCCCCAGAGGCCUGACAGGGAGGGUCCGAUGACGGGAAUGUCAGCUUAUCCCGGUUCUGGUCCAAUCCAGUUGUGGCAGUUUUUGCUGGAGCUUCUUCUGGACUCUGCCUGUCGGACUUUCAUUUCGUGGACGGGAGACGGCUGGGAAUUCAAGAUGUCUGACCCCACAGAGGUGGCCAAACGUUGGGGUCAGUGCAAGAACAAACCCAAGAUGAACUACGAGAAGCUGAGCCGCGGCCUGCGUUACUACUACCACAAGAACAUCAUCCACAAGACGGCGGGCAAACGCUACGUCUACCGCUUCGUCUGCGACGUGCAGGGCAUGCUGGGGAAGACGGCGCAGGAGGUCCUGAGCAGUCUGAACGUUUUGCCCUCAAACGUGGAGGCCUGGCAGCGGCCGGUAGCGUCCGAACAGAGCAGCGAAACGUGGCCGUCGCAGUAGGGAAGAGCCCCAGAGAAGUGAGCCAAGAAAGCGAACACUGCUGCUCAGGGGCAUUUUGACACAAGCUGCAUUUCAGGGCAAAUAAUAAAUUCAACAAGCAGUCAGUCCCUGUUAGCUCUUCAGUGACAGGUGAUGCUAAAUGAAGGUCCUACCAAAGCAACAGCUCCUAAACCUCAGGGCUACAUCAGCAGCCGCUGGCAUUUUAAAGCAAUAUGGAUUAAUAUUUUAUGCAGUGUGUUUGUAAGAAAGAAUACAUUUGUACAUCCUGUUUAUAUGGACCCUGUGCAGAGUUUUUUGCAUUUGUAUUUUUUUUUUAUAUGCAAAACUCAUGUCUACCUCUGUUUUCUGACGACCUGAUGUCCUUCAGGCACUCACUGUGAAGCUUUUGGUGAUGUGUGAUGAUUGUGUCAUGUAAAUAAACUGUAUAUACACAUA